CCAGCUUAUAUAUAAGGUAAAUAUACAAAAUUAUGUCACUGGUUCGCAUGACGCCGCCGUGAUUUGUUUUGUGUCCACAAUAAAAUACAGUUGAUUAAAAAUAUUUAAACAUUAUCAGAAAGCAGUUAUCAGCACAAAGUGUAUCAAAACUCCAUCCAAUCUCAAGUAUUAACGCUUCGCCUAGUAACGUUUGAUCUGCGGAGAAGAAACGUUUCUUCAUCAAUUUUUAUCAGUCUAUUUAAUUAUUUAGCGACGUAAAUAUUUUAAAUUAAUCCAGAUUACGUACCAGAUAAGAGUGAAUAACAUUUCUGUACGUUGUUCAGUGAGACGAACAUUGUAAGAGCAAGCAGCAAGAAUGGCAGAACAAGAGUUUAAGGAAAUAAAAUUAUCUGUACCAUGGGGUCACGUUGCCGCCAGAACUUACGGUUCAUCAACAGGAAAGCGAGUCUUAAUGAUACACGGUCGUCUAGAUAAUGCUGGAGUGUUUACUAGAUUGAUGAAAUAUUUACCAAAAGAAUCAUUUUAUUACGUAUGCUUAGAUUUACCUGGCCAUGGCUGGUCAUCAGCCUUUCCAUCUUGGAUGAUGAUUGACUUUCUGGAUUAUGUACACGCAUUAUAUUUUAUCUUAGAAGCGCUACAGUGGAAAACGUUUAUUCUUUUAGGACAUAGUAUGGGAGGGCAAAUAGGUUUAGUGUUCAGUGUUCUCUACCCAAACAGAAUUGAGAAAUUAAUUGCUAUUGAUGCAAUUAAUAUGCUUCCUCCCAGUUUUCGAAAAAAUACGGCAACAUAUCUUCAUGAUGCAUCUAUCAGUUCAGUAAAAAGUUAUUAUAAGGAACAUAAUAAGGAACCAUCGUCUUUUACCAAAGAAGAAGUAUUACGCAAUUUUAUGACUAUGAGGAUGUCACCUUUAAAUUACGAAGCUGCUGACGCGAUAUUUGAGCGUGCAAUUACAGAAGUAAAUGGAAAAUAUGUAUAUAAUAGAGAUAAUCGAUUAACAAAUCAUCCUUUUACAUUUUCCACACUGGAACAAUGUGAGGAGGUCAAUAAAAAGCUUCCAAUGAUACCGAUAUACGUCAUUGUUCCAUCACAUGGUAUUAUUGCUUCAACUAAAAAAUAUCAUGAAUUAGCAUUCAAAAUAAUGAAAGAUAAAUGCAUGUUAGAGAUAAUUUAUGUAGAUGGAAAUCAUGACAUUCAUAACAAUGAGCCUGAAAAACUUGCGCCAUUUAUAUGUAAAAUAUUGAACAGCUACAGUAAUUCCAAUAAACUAUAGACAGAUGUGUGCGUGUACAUACAUAUAUUUAUACAUUUUUAUAUGUAUAUAUAAUUUGUACAUGUAUAUUUUUUACAACGGAAAAAAUUGAUUACAUAGAUAAUCCUUAAUUAAGUGCUUGGGUUAUUAUAAUGGCUACAUUAGAUUUGAUAGAGGUGUAACUUUCUUUUAUAAUAAGUUUGUGUUUACAUAAACGUGCGAUUUUUAUGAUAGUUAACUUUUUUCAGAUUUAUAAUGUAUACCCAAAGGUACAUGACAUUGUAUGUAUCAUAUAAACAAAUAAUUAUAGAAUGUAUUGCAGUAAGAAAGA